UGGCCAUUUGGCAUAAAAACAGACUGCACGGCCGAAAGAUUGCCAUAUUUUCGCAAGAUUUCAUUUUUUUUUUCAAACAAAAGUUGAAACGCCGGCAACACGAAUUGCGAAUGCCUCCUCUGAAAAAUGAAUUUGCAUGCCACAGAAGUUCAACUCGAGAGAUUGUUUGAAGAAGAAGAAGAAGAAGACAAAAAUCUAUUUCGACGACACUCAAACUUUUCCGGGAAUGGUAGGAGAAAAUACAAGCAGGGGUGUGCCCUCGGUGACACUUUCGGGGUUGAUUAUUUCGUUAAAUAAUCUUCAGUUAUGGGGCUAAACAUCUCGUCUGGUCGGACAUUGCAAGAGGAAGGACCAUUGGAUGCCAGAAAUGAUGAUAAGAUUGUUAAAUACAUGAAGGAUGUGAUAAACGGGGACAAUGUUGAUGUAUCGAGAGAGGAUGACGAAGACCCUUUCUUUGUGUUAGAUCUGAAGGAUGUGGAGGAGAAGCACCACCUAUGGAAGCAGGAGUUUCCAAAUGUGCAACCAUUCUAUGCCGUUAAAUGCAACUCCAACAGAAGAGUAUUAGAAACGUUGGCUAAACUUGGAGCUGGUUUUGAUUGUGCGAGCAAGGCGGAGUUACAGCAGGUGCUUGAUCUCGGUGUUCAACCUAACAGGAUCAUAUAUGCACACCCAUGCAAAGCCAAAUCACACCUCAUGUUCGCCAAGGAGAACGAUGUCCGACUCAUGACGUUCGACAACGAGGACGAGCUCGUCAAAAUAAAAGAAGUCUUUCCAAAUGCAAGAUUGGUGUUGCGGAUAUGGGCCGAGGACACCACAGCAGUGUUCCCUCUAUCGGUGAAGUUUGGUUGCCAACUUCAUGAAGUUCACCAUCUUUUGAAGACAGCGAAAAAGCUCGAUCUUACCGUUGAAGGAAUCAGUUUUCACGUUGGUUCUGGAAGUGGCGAUCCCGACUCUUACUACACCGCCAUACAAGACGCCCGGACGGCUUACGAUAUAGGCAACGGCAUCGGACACGACUUGCGUAUGAUUGAUAUAGGGGGAGGGUUCCCGGGAAAAGAGUCAUCAUCCGUCCCCUUCCACAAGUUUUCUUCAGCUGCACGGAGAGCGAUUACCAAAUAUUUUCCAGAAUCGGAUAUACAGAAUCCGCGGAUAAUUGGUGAACCUGGGACGUUUUAUGUCCAGUCAGCAUUUUCCCUCGCCGUUUGUGUAAUUGGGAAACGAGAUCUCCUUAAGAAUCCCUUUUUAGAUCCUAAAGAUGAGAACUGGAACAGUAUAGAUCUGAGCGAAACCCCUGAAGUGGCUUAUUAUAUCAACAGCAAUGUAUAUUCAUCUUUUAAAGACGCUAAACUCAUGGAUACUCUAUUUGAUGUGGAGGUUUUGAAGAGUUCAAACAUCAACGGCAGGAAAAGAGCAUCUAUUUUAUGGGGUAAUACAACUAGCGGGUUCGACUGCGUGAGGAGACAUUGUCAGCUACCGGAGCUUGAGGAGGGUGAUUGGCUACUAUUUAGAGAUAUGGGUGCUUAUGCGAUGGCAAUCUCAUCUGAAUACAGCGGCUUCAAAUUACCUAUAUGUUACACUCUGCAAAAAGACGAGUGAAUUUUCACUCGCUAUUUACUCCCAGUUGUCGUGGCGCGUCAAGGAUCACUCAAUUUGGAGUGAAUUUGCCAGACAUGAUUGCAAAAGGAACCGUUCCAUUCAAAUUUCACGUGUUGAAAGGGUGAAAUUCUCUGAACGAGGGAAAGUUACUCUUAAUCUAGUGCAUUUCAUUCAUUCCUUCCGAUGUGUGAAUUAUUUGAUUGAUUCUUAUUUUGUGUAUGUAGACAGUACUGUUUCUAAGUAUGAUUAUCAUGAAUGUGUUUCCUUGCAGAGGGGAGAAUUGCAGAUAAUAUAUCUAUGCAAGGAUAUAAAGGACAUGCGGUAUCAUUGAAGUACCAUGCAGCCUGGAUAUUUCAUUUAUAUAUUUUUAUUUCAUGUUUGUGUUUUGUAAUAAUUGAAGAUCAUAGUAAUGAUUGUAAUAUGUUAUUAAUAGUGCUAAUAAAAACAAUAAUCAUGAUAAUUGUAAUGUUAAGAAUAAUGAACAUAAAAAUAAUGAUAAUGAUGUUUGUGAAAUUAUAAUGAUAGAUAAAAUAUUCAUAAUGACCAUAAAUAUGAGUGUACAUAUUCCCAUUUUUGUCUCGCCUGCCUGGAGCAGAAUAAAGACGAAUGCGCCUCUUUUCUGAAUCAGCACAAUUUCUCAAGCGUAGGGGCCUAACAUAAGAAACUUGCAUGGGCAUAACUGCAUAAGGGUGAUAAAGUUUCGCUAAUUAGAUUCACGUGAGGUCAUUGAGGUCAAAGGUCAACAGAGUCAAUGAACUCUGACCAUAUUUGGUCUAAAUGUGGAAAACUACA